UGAACGGUUUAGUUACCGAGUGAUAGCCAAAAGGGGCACGAGCACAAGAAUUUUGGACCAGUCGGUGUCAGUGUGCGCUGUGAUGUGAUGUGAGACAGUAGAGCGAUGCUCUAAGAUCUACUACAGCAAACAAAAUAUAAAGAAACGUAACUAAAUGUAAUCUAGCAACUACACAAAAUAUAGAAAGUGCAGUGACGCGAGAGCGAAAAAUAAAAGCGCGCAAGCAAAGAAAAUAGUAAUAUUAAUAAAAGAAGGUGUAAUAUAGAGGUGCAAAGUGAAUAAACUGCACAGAGCCACAGAAGCCGUGAGCCGCAGCAUGUGAAGUCGUCGGGCGCAGCAGCGGAAAAGCGAACAUACAAAAGAAACGAUAUUUAUGCUCUGAAUAUUGGGAGAGCUUACAAAAUUUACGUGGCAGAUGAAAUACAACGAAAUUCAAUUGGUUUUGAUUUUGCAAUAAAAAACAAACAUAUAUAAAUAUAUAUAUACAUAUAUACAGUUGAUUCUGAUACGGCGCGGCUUCAAGGCUAAAUUGAUUGAGUCGAGGAUAUCGGCAGAGCGCGAGCACAUCAUAAAUCCAUAUAGAAAAUGCUGAAGCUGCACAAGUCCAGGUGCGAGCACCUGUUAAUAACCAUCAGCCUGCUAAUCUAUACCGGGAACCAGCUGAAUGUCGUCAGCGCAACGACACAGAUGGACUGGCGGCCCAUACCGCAGCUCUGUGAUCCCAUACAAUGUCCGGCUGAUGCGGACAUGGAGUGCCCGGAGGACAGCGCAAUACGGGAGAUGCGCGAGAUAAGCGCCGUGAAUCUGUUGAGCUCGAAUGCGGUCGGCGGCAGCCCCAGCGGGGCAAUGGAGACAACGGAGCGCAGUGUCUACAACAGCAGCCAGGUGCCGGACGAGCUGUUCGCCCUCUGUUGUCUGUCCAAGAAGUGCAUGUGCAAGACGUGCUACAACAUACCCGGCUGCAACACGGAGGAGGGCGAGGUUGUGGUCGAGCUGCAGCCGGAGGAUAUGAAUACGCCGGGCCACUGCUGUGGCAAAUACGAAUGCAAGCCGGAGCCCAACUGUUCGGACGUGCGAAACACGAACUAUUACUGGCUGCAGAGCUGCCAGCGCUGUCUGUGCAACUCCGGGGCGCGCAUUUGCCAGCAGAGCUGUGACGAGGGCAAGAAUGCCAUCUGCGAGUCAAAGAACCUGAACAUGUACUUCAAGGACGGCGACAGCUGGAAGGACGGCUGCUAUCAGUGCGAGUGCGUAAAGGGCGAACAGAAGUGCGUGAUACCGCUCUGUGCCCAUGUCAAUUGCCCCAGCGAGCGUCAGGUGAUGAUCAAGGACCACUGCUGUCCCGUCUGCUGGCCCAAGGGUGCGCCCAUGCCCCACGAGAAGCCCAGCAACUAUGACGACGGCUAUGGCUACGACCACGAGGAGCCAGCACAGCCAGAAACAGAUGCCGAUGCCGAUACCGAAACUGACGCUGAAGCUGAAACUGAAACUGAAUUGCCUGUGGUGCCGCUGGCAGAUGAGAUUAUCGUCAGCAGCACCACCACAACCACCAGCAGCAGCACCGCCAGUCGUCCGAGCGCCACACCAAAUGCUGAACUAAUCGACUUUCCCCGGUUGGACGCCUCAGCUCCGCCCUGCCAGCCGCCCGACUUUCCCAAAGUUGUGGAGGUCGUGCAACGGGAUAAUUUGCCCAACAAUGUCAAGCACAUUGCAAUUGUGGUGCUCACCCUCAUAUCAUUGUCCGAGUACUUGUAUAUAAGGCGUCUGCUGGCCAAACAGCGUUCCUACAGGCCCGUCUCCAACUUUGAUGACAAGGUCUAGAAAGCGAAAGAGUAGAAGAAGCAGAAUAAAGCAAAGCAAAACAUGAAAUAGAGAAAGGGAAAGAGAAACAAUUCAAAUGCAACUUUUCAUAGCAAGCAAAAACUAUUAACUAGAAAUUUUGUUUUUUUUUUUUUAAUACUAUUAUUAUUAUUUGAUUACCAUAGAUAUAUAUCUAUAUAUUUUGUUGUUUUGGUAUCUAAAAGAUCUCAUUUUAAUUUCACCCUCACUUCCAUGCAGACAUACGCCGACGCAAAAGCAAAGUAUUCUUAUGAAAUUACGCGCAAACAAAAGUUACUAUAAAAUCGAAAUCAACUUAAAAGAAAUUUCAAACAAAAUUAUAUAUAUAUAAAACAUAUAGAAAGUAAACAAGACGAAGAAACUUGUUGUAUAUAUGUAUGUAUGUACAUCAAAUUGAAUGGAUAGUAUUAAGCACACCAAUGUUUUAUUAUUAUAAUGCACGAACUAAAAUGCCAAAACAUAUUUAAAGCAAAACAAAAAAAAAAUAUAUAUAUAUAUAAAACAACAACAAGUUGGAAACUAAACUCAAAAUGAUUCACAAACAAUCGAGAAACUAAAACUAAAUGAAAAGCAAAAUGAAAUAUCCGUUCGUUAAACGUUAGACGAAUUAAGUUAGCAGCUAAGCUAGAAUAUCUAUGUGAUAUUUGUUAAUAAGUUUAUGUUAUAAACAAAUGCUAUAAACAAAAACUAUAAAAAAAAAAAAAUAAUAAUAAUUAGAAGGAGCAGGCAAGCUAUCAAAAGUAUUGCAAAUGUAUCAAUCAAUGUGUACAUAUGUAUAGGUUUAUAUAUGUAUAUAUAUAGAUAUAUAUGUAUGUACAGCUGCUGAUCGUUGCCGUUAAUGUAGUACCAUACCAUACCAUUUAAUUAUUAUCUUUAAAGUCGAAAUAAAAAAUAAAAACAAUCCGAAUCAGCAAUUGCGAAUCAUGCCAA